GCAGCCCUGCACGGGGGUGGGAAGUGCCCGUCAGACGGCCGGCCCGCCCCCUUCCGCCGCCGCCGUGGGAAUGGAAACAUCUGCCCUACGUGCCGGAAGCCAGCUUGCGGCGAUGACGGCGCGCCACUCCGCGCCCUACCGCGCCGAAACCCUGCGGGUGUCAUCGCGAGACGAGCUCGCCGAAAUGGCCGCGUCCAGUCAAGGAAACUUUGAGGGAAAUUUUGAGUCACUGGACCUUGCAGAAUUUGCUAAAAAGCAGCCAUGGUGGCGCAAGCUGUUUGGGCAGGAGUCUGGGCCCUCGGCUGAAAAAUACAGCGUGGCAACCCAGCUGCUAAUUGGAGGCGUUACUGGAUGGUGCACGGGUUUCAUAUUCCAGAAGGUUGGAAAGUUGGCUGCAACAGCCGUGGGAGGUGGAUUUUUUCUCCUUCAGCUUGCGAACCAUACUGGGUACAUCAAGGUUGACUGGCAGCGAGUAGAGAAGGACAUGAAGAAAGCCAAGGAGCAGCUGAAGAUCCGUAAGAGCAACCAGCUGUCCACGGAGGUCAGAAGCAAAGCGGAGGAGGUAGUGUCAUUUGUGAAGAAGAACGUUUUAGUGACUGGGGGAUUUUUUGGAGGCUUUCUGCUUGGCAUGGCAUCCUAAGGACGACAACUUCACUUCUGUUACUCCUGUUUUUUUCCAGCCAGCAGCCUCUUCACUCCAUCAUAGGACAUCAAGUUUGUCCUACUUCUUCCAUGACUUCCUCCCUGCUGUGGCAUAUCUGAAUGGCUUCUGUAGGCAUCUGUCGUUG